AUGUCAGCCCCAGCUCCCAAACCUUUAGAGGUGAAGUUCCUUUCCGCCUUAGAGACCAUUUGUCUAGAAGAGCUGCUACAAGCCUCUCCUCUGCAAACUUCUUUUGCCAGCUGUCAAUCCAGCCUAUCUCCACCUGCACUAUACACAGAGAACAAAGAACUAGUCUUGGUACCACAGCCAGCUGGCCUGAUUCCCCAGGAGAAGGAAUUCCAGUGCCAGAGAAGAAUCCUAAUCCUGGGGCUGCUGUUGGCUACUCCCAGCUGCCUUGGCUACUUUGAGGACCUGGUCAAGUGCUUCCAGGACCCCGAGUACGAGUCCAUCCUUGUCACGGCGCAGAAGGGGCUCCACGCCUCCCCGCUGCCCAAGCGUGUGGUAAUAGUGGGAGCUGGCAUGUCAGGCCUGGCAGCUGCCAAGGCCCUACAAGAUGCUGGCCACCAGGUAACCAUCCUGGAAGCCAGCCACCACAUCGGGGGUCGAGUUGUCACAUACAGGAAUGAGGAGGAGGGCUGGUACUAUGAAUUGGGGCCCAUGCGAAUCCCAAAGUCCCACAGGCUAGUUCAUACCUACAUCAAGAAGCUUGGCCUGAAGAUGAACAAGUUCAUAGAAUAUGAUGGUAACACCUGGUACCUCAUCAACGGACAACGUUAUCGCACCAGGGAUGUCAAGGACAACCCAGAGCUCCUAGGCUACUCCACGAAACCAAUGGAGAAGGGCAAGGGUGCUACUAAUCUCUUCAACCAGUCCAUCACCAAGCUCAAACAAAAUCUGAAAAAUUUCAACUGCAGCCACCUGGUGUCCUUUUAUGAUUCCUACUCCACCAAGGCUUACUUGCUGAAAGAAGGGGAGCUGAGCCAAGGAGCAGUAAAGAUGAUCGGGACUGUGAUGAAUGAGGAUUCUGGAUACUACAAGUCCCUCCUAGAGUCCCUGAGGACAGACUUCAUCUUUUCCAAAAAGGACGAACUAGUAAGGACAUGGAAGGAAGCAUCCAGCACAGGCUGCAGGAAGCCAGUUUCCUUGCUUUUCAGACCAGGAGGGCUGCCGGAAACCCAGCAAGGGGGCCUGGUGCCCACACACUCACCCCUGCCCUCCGCUCACCCCUGCAGCUUUUCUGAGAUCACCGGUGGCUUCGACCAGCUCCCCAGGGCCCUCAGCACCAGCCUGAAGCCUGGCACCAUCCACUUGGGCUCCAAGGUGGAGGCAGUGGUGAGGGACGGGCCUGAGGUCCAGGUUUCCUACCGGGCAGGUGAGCCCAGCUCCACGAAGCACAACCUCACUGCGGACUUCGUCAUUAUCUCGGCCUCAGCCAAGGCCACGCGCCUCAUCACCUUUAAGCCACCGCUCUCUCCGGACAAGGUGGAAGCGCUCCGCGUGGUGCAUUACACCAGCGCCACCAAGGUGGUUCUGGCCUGUAAGGAGCCCUUCUGGGAGAGGGAGGGCAUCCGGGGUGGGGUCUCUGUCACCGACCGGCCCUCGCGCUUCAUCUACUACCCCAGCCACAGCCUCCCCAGCGGCAAGGGCGUCCUGCUGGCCUCCUACACCGUGGACGAUGACUCCCUCUUCUUCAUAUCCAUGACGCACGAGCAGGUGGAGGAUGUGGUCCUGGAGGACCUGGCGGCCGUGCACCAGAUACCCAAGGAUGAAUUGCGGCGCAUGUGCCCCUCCUCUGUGCUCAAGCGCUGGUCUCUGGACCCCCUCACCAUGGGCGCCUUCGCUGAGUUCACACCCUACCAGUUUACGGACUAUUCGCUGCAGCUCUUCCAGCCUGAGGGCCGCAUCCACUUUGCAGGCGAGCACACCUCCAUGCCCCACGCCUGGAUAGACACUGCUAUCAAGUCCGGCCUGCGGGCAGCCAGGAAUAUCCAGGCUGCCGUGGACGAGGAGGCCACCGCAAGGCAGAAGACCCUCACUCAUACCCAGAAUCAUUUCUCACCCUGAAAGAAAUCCCUGAGGAAAUCCGGCAGGAAAGGGGCUGGGAGGUGGGAGUUGGAGGCAGAGACCCAAGAGAGAGGUCACCAUUAGUCCCCCGGCCCACAAGCAAGAAUCCAAAAGCGCCAAAGAAUCCAGUUGGCCAGUCCACAAAGAAUCACCCCCUUCUCUCCCCUGCCAGGCCUUGAGGAGGGAAGCAACAGAAUCAGAGUAGAUGGAGGGUAAGGAGUAAAUCAAGGAUGGUGAGCGCUAGAAUCUGCCCUUAGC